AGCUUUUUCGGUGGGGAUUGUGUUGGCUUCGCUGUUACUACGCACUUGUUGUAGGAAAGGGCGUUUAACUAUAACAACUUUUGCGACACUUUAUUACCCUUUUUAAUCUUUAGUUUUAGUUAAGAAAUGUCCCGCGAGUAUUACGUGUGUGAAGCUCGAACGGCAGAGCAGGCAGAGCGUUUUGAUGAAAUGGUGCAAGCCAUGAAGAACGUUGUUCAUCUUGGAGUGGAGUUAACAGUGGAGGAGCGUAACCUUCUAUCCGUAGCUUAUAAAAACGUAAUUGGUUCUCGUCGUUCUUCUUGGAGGAUAAUUUCUAACAUGAAAGAUGAAGGCGACCAUCCUGAUAAGCCUGAGAUAAUGGAAAAGUUAAGAAAGAAAAUAGAGGAUGAGCUUGUUGAAAUCUGUAAAGAAGUUACGGAGAUACUUGAUAAGGAACUUAUACCUAAGGCGACUACAAGUGAAAGCAAAGUUUUCUAUUAUAAAAUGAAAGGCGACUAUUAUCGCUAUCUCGCGGAAUUCCAGGAGAAUGAAGAGAGGAGUCACUCUGCUGAAAAGUCUGCUGAAGCUUAUGAAGAAGCAUCAGCUAUAGCCACCGUCGAUCUCAAUCCUACUCACCCCAUUCGUUUGGGUCUAGCUUUAAACCAAUCAGUUUUUUUUUAUGAAAUUAGUAAAUCUCCUGAGAAGGCUUGCCAGCUAGCCAAGACAGCCUUCGAUAAUGCCAUUGCCGAAUUAGAUACUUUGAGCGAAGAAAGUUACAAAGAUAGCACGCUUAUCAUGCAGUUAUUACGGGAUAAUCUUACUAUUUGGAUGAAUGACAGUAGCGAGAUUGAAGAUAAAGCGGAUGACUAAUAACUUACUAUAUAAAGUAAGUCGGGCUUAUAAUUUUUUUUUAAUA